UUUCAAUUAAAAUAUCUAAUAUUGACUUCAGUAGUGACUAUCCGUGUGAUUUCUGUUUGUGUGAGUACUGGUACCAUCAUCAUGGCGGCAUACACCCCCUCCACUUGCGACACGUUUUGCCAGAAGUCUGUGGUAGCACAUAUAGCAUUUUGUAACUCCUUGACGAACGUUCCAAGAUGGCGGAUACAGUAAAAAUGACGGAGAAACCGGUAGUGAAGAAAGAGAAGAAGGCAAAGAAGGAGCCGAAAGACGCAUCCAAAAAUGUGAUGCGUGAAGUACGAAUACGUAAACUGUGCUUAAACAUUUGUGUAGGAGAAUCUGGUGAUAGAUUAACACGUGCUGCAAAGGUCCUGGAACAAUUGACUGGACAGCAGCCAGUAUUUUCCAAGGCUAGAUAUACUGUACGUUCUUUUGGCAUUCGUCGCAAUGAAAAGAUAGCUGUGCACUGCACUGUACGUGGUGCAAAAGCGGAAGAAAUUCUCGAACGUGGCCUAAAGGUACGUGAAUAUGAAUUGAAGAAAGAGAAUUUCUCGUGUACUGGAAACUUUGGUUUUGGUAUACAAGAACAUAUCGACCUGGGAAUUAAAUAUGAUCCUAGCAUCGGUAUUUAUGGCCUGGAUUUCUAUGUUGUACUUGGCCGACCAGGAUUUAAUGUAGCACACAGAAGAAGGAAAACUGGUAAAGUCGGCUUCCAACAUAGACUAACAAAAGAAGAUGCAAUGAAGUGGUUCCAGCAAAAAUAUGAUGGCAUAAUUAUAGCUGGAAAAAAGUGAUAUGUAUUUUGUAUUUUAUAAUCUACAUAAGUUUAGAAAAAAGUUCACUGUUUGAUUCUUCCUAAAUUCCCACUAGUAUCCCAAUGCCAUUGAUUUUUUAUAUCAUUGAAAUUCUAAAAGUAAAGUUCUGGGAGAUCGCGAAUAAGCUACUUACAUGCUUAAAUAUGCUAAAUUUAUUCCAUUCCUCACAUUGCUUACAGUAAUCGGAACAUUGAUGGUGUGAGGAUAAAUUAAAGAUACAAUAUCCCUCACUAUAAUGUACACCACAAGAAAAAGAUGAACGAGUAAAAAUAUAAGAAAUUCAUUGCACUGUAUACGAUUAUUAAAUCGUGGGAAUACUGUCUCAAUAAAAUCACACAAGUA